GUCUGCAAACCGCAAGCUUCCCACGGGUGCUGUUUUCGCUCGCUCCCAUCGCACUCACUCUCCAGAUCUGCUGCCGGACGUGUGUGUGUGUGCAACGCAGCAUGUCGACGACCUCGAGCAUUGCACAGAAAGAGGACCGAAUCAAGCGACCAAUGAAUGCCUUCAUGGUGUGGUCGAGAGGCCAGCGGAGAAAAAUGGCCGUUGAGAAUCCGAAGAUGCACAACUCGGAAAUCAGCAAGCGUCUCGGCUCGGCGUGGAAAUUGCUCAGCGAGACGGACAAACGACCGUUUAUGGACGAGGCAAAGCGGCUGAGGUCGCUGCACAUGAAGGAGCAUCCCGACUAUAAAUACAGACCGAGGCGGAAGAACAAGAACGUCAAAAAGGACAAGUUCGCGUUACCAGCGACAUUCAACCUUCCGGCUGCGCUGCAAAACUGCGGAUACACGAACAGCACGACGUAUUACUACAAUGCGGCGCCGUCGGGUAGCUACUGGGCGCAGCAGAGCUUCGCGUACGCGCAAUAUGGAGCAUCACAGUGGCCGACUCCGCAGCAGCAGCAGCAGUCUCACUACCCGUUUGCAGCAGCCACCUACCAGGCGCCCUACAACUGUUACCCUGCGACUGCAGCAGCUGCUCCCUAUCAGUACUCGCUAACCGGCAAUGCGGCCUACACUGGAAACCAGGAGGCGAACGGAGGAGGCGGCAGCAACAACAACCAACAGCAGCAGUACGCCGUCGCGCCCGGCGUACAUCCACAGUCCGUUGCAGCAGCAUCGUACCCUGGACAUACUCAGAGUGUUGCGUAUCCGGUUGCGUAUCCGGUCGGGCAGCCGCAGCCGCAGCCCGGCUUUCAGACUUACAGCUAUCCGAUUUAUGACACGCCGCCGCAGUCGGCUGAACGAGCGUCAGCGGGAGUCGUCACGCCAGAGUCGCCGCGCAGUCCGUGUCCGGGUCACGGCGCGGCUGUUGGCUCGGUGUGCGGACCGCGCCACGUGCGUCACCACGUGCCACUAAUUUCGACUCUCGAGCAAAGCGAUUCGCCUCAACCAAGAAUGAGUACGCUCUCGCGUGCUCUCUACGGCUCUGUUCUUGAGGAUAUCCACACGCACGAUGUCGUCGACGACGAGAAUCGAGACGAUUUCACGACAGCAGGAAAAGUGUUAUCACUACGAGAUCUACCUGCAGAAGUCGAUUAUCCGACGCCCGAUCCACAAGAAGGUGACGUCACUGUCAGCGUCAGUGACAAAUCCAACAGUCUGGCAUUCGCGCAUGUGCAUCACUACAGCUCGGACCUCAUCGACUACCCGUCACCCGACCCGGACCACAAACCGUGUCCACCAAUGCUCUUCAUGCCGAUCCAGAGUUACGAUCCGGAUCCGGACGACGACGCUCACCCACAAGAGCUCGACGCGUUUCUCAAUAUGUACCUACCGGGACCGGAAGGCGAAUUCGACCAGGAAGAUCAGGAGGCCCUCCUGACAUCUCCUAGUUUUCUAAACAUUCAUAUAGACUCACUGCCCACUCAGACGUAGUAUUCUAAACGAUUAUUUGAGAUAAGUUUUAUAUGGUCGUGACUAGUGAGCCUGACCAUGAAUUCCGAACUAUAUUGGAUUGGAUGCACUCUCAUUGCACAGACAAUGUGAACUCCUCAAUUUUUUUUUAUUAUUUGACUUGGACACUAAGGCUUUUGUUUGAGACCCCCUGUUUAAUAUUCCAGAUUUCAGA